UCUCCUUCUUCUUCAGCUAGUUGGACUCUGGUCCCAAGGCUCUUUCUCCUAGCCUGCUUCUUCACUUCUAAGUGGCUAAUGGCCAUAGAUGGGGCUGCAACCGUGAAGGUUGGCAACAUCUCGAAAGUAGAAGAUGCGCAGAAUUACCAUAUAUACUAUGGGCAGACCUUCAAAGUCAUAAAGAAUGUCAUUGACGGCAAGAGCUAUCUUCUCAUCCAGCCAAGUAUUCUCUCUCCGUCUUUCACUAAAUUUUCUCCAUUGUGGAUGGCGAUGACAAAUGGCAACGAUGGACGUUGAUCGGAUGUUCCCCAACUAGAUCCAAUCACAGGAAUGCUAAAUUGGACGUUCCCUAGCCAAAGCCAACUAUGAGAACGUCGAAUCUAGUACUCCCUCAUGCUCGUUGACGGCACCAGAUCUAACGCUCCCUUGCACUUGUCGACAUUCUCGUGGCUAGAUCCAACCAGGGAGCAUCGACAAGCAAGAUGGAGCGUCAGAUUUAACGGCAUCGACGAGCAUCAACUAGCAUGAGAGAGCAUCAGAUCUGAAGGGGAGUGCUAGAUCCGGCCACGAGGUGACUAGUGGUCGUAAGGGAGUGUCGUUGUCCAACUUGAGUAAAAGGAAAAGAGUGAUUCAAGGAUGGCUGGAAGGACAAGAUAUUGCACCUCAAGGAUCAAGUCAUUCGUCAUCCCCUUGUCCAACUUUUCAGCGGAUACUAACAGCUUUCCAGUUUCGUUUAUUGAGCUUCUGGGAUUACUAGGAAGCAUGAAAGGCAUGACAUCAAACUCGGUGGCUUCUGAAUGCGCAUUAAAAAUGUAUGCAGAAGGAGAAAUAAAUAUAAUCAACAAAACUGAGCUGACACAAUUUGCAGCACACUUUAUUAGUGAUAAUGCUCAAACACAAGCUUGCAAUGUAGCAAACUUUGCUGCUGUUGGAGAGGAGACGCCUCUACAGAGAGCAGAAUGGAUUAAGUUCGUGGGGGCUUUCGCAAAUUUGGAAAAUAGAGCUAAUCAAGUCUACAAAGCGGUAAAAGACAAUUAUUUGUGCUUAACUAAAUUUGCAGAGGCCAAGAAAAAAACAUUCAAACCAAUAGUGGCUUGGAUGGAGUAUUACAAUGGCAUAUGGUCUUUCACAAAGGAAACAUAUAAGUUAAAGUACGUGGAAGAUGCAGGAGGAGAGAAUGUGGAUGGCUCCAUAAACAAGAUAACCUAUAAUAUCUCCAAUCCAGAUGAUAUUGAAGAAUUGCAUGCUAUCCUAUGUACCAUAGACAUAUUGAUUGAUGAAACAUACACGUCAGAUCCAGUUGGAUACACUCAGGCAGCAUUCCUCCAAAAUAUAAAUAUUGAAGAUAAAUCUUGUUUUGGUUUUGUUACAAACCAAAGCCUAUGGAGAUAUGAUAAGAGAAUUCAAAAUCUAACUACUCUAGAAGAUUGGUUUGAUGGUGCGGUGUCUCAACCUCAGUUGGUUUUAGCUGAUCUUAUUGAGAUUUUGUUCCCAAGUGGAAACUACAACACCACAUACUUUAGAAAUAUUGCUAAGGGAGAAGAAGUUAUGAGCAUUGGGCCCAACAUGUGUGAUAGGAAUAUCUCCACAGCAAUGGACCCCAUAAUACCAGCUUGCAGAUGAUACUUGAGGGUUUUCACUUAUCAUCUUGAUUAGAGGUUUCACCUGAUGAGUCGUUUGUACUCACUAGCGAUUUUCUUUCUCAAAAUUAUUAAUGUCAAAAUUAUAUUAAGUCCAACAAAUAUAUUUUUUUAUUUGAUUAUCACUUGCACAUGCAUUUAGGCUCAAAUAAAUAAUUUUUUAAGCAAACUUUUAGCU